AUGGGUCAGGUACAAACCAUUGAUCGAGUGUAUGGCUUCGGUACCGAUACACUGCUUCAUCACAUCACUGACGGACAUGUGGCUCAUCACUUCUUUUUCACGAAAAUCCCACAUUAUCAUCUGAUGGAAGCAACAGCGGCAAUCAGACGUGUGCUAGAGCCCUACCAUGCAUAUCGAUGCAAGAGUAAUUACGAUUUCUUGCUGGAGUAUUUGGCGCUGAAUGUGAAGCUGGAGUAUCUUGUCGGUCGAGGUACUGGCAUUCUUAGAUACGCCCGAAAACCAAAGACGCCGUGA